ACACCCUCAGUUUCCUUGUGCGAGUGGCCCAGGGCCUCUCCAAGCCCCCACCAUCCUGGAGACAGCCACAUUCUAAAGGCCACCCCCAAGUCUCCGCAGGCCUGGGGUGCGGCAGGAUGGCGGCAGGCGUGGCCACGUGGCUGCCUUUUGCACGGGCAGCCGCGGUGGGCUGGCUGCCCCUGGCCCAGCAGCCCCUGCCCCCGGCGCCGGGGGUGAAGGCAUCUCGAGGGGAUGAGGUUCUGGUGGUGAACGUGAGCGGACGGCGCUUUGAGACCUGGAAGAACACGCUGGACCGCUACCCAGAUACCCUGCUGGGCAGUUCGGAGAAAGAGUUCUUCUACGACGCCGAUUCAGGCGAGUACUUCUUUGAUCGAGACCCGGACAUGUUCCGGCACGUGCUGAACUUCUACCGCACGGGCCGAUUGCACUGCCCGCGGCAGGAGUGCAUCCAGGCCUUUGACGAAGAGCUGGCCUUCUACGGCCUGGUGCCGGAGCUCGUGGGCGACUGCUGCCUCGAAGAGUACCGGGACCGCAAGAAGGAGAACGCCGAGCGCCUGGCGGAGGAUGAGGAGGCCGAGCAGGCCGGGGACGGCCCAACCCUGCCGGCCGGCAGCUCCCUGCGGCAGCGGCUCUGGCGGGCCUUUGAGAACCCACACACGAGCACCGCGGCCCUCGUUUUCUACUAUGUGACCGGCUUUUUCAUCGCUGUGUCGGUCAUCGCCAACGUGGUCGAGACCAUUCCGUGCCGAGGCUCUGCGCUGCGGCCCUCGAGGGAGCAGCCCUGUGGCGACCGCUUCCCGGUGGCUUUUUUCUGCAUGGACACGGCCUGUGUGCUCAUCUUCACGGGUGAAUACCUCCUGCGGCUGUUCGCCGCCCCCAGCCGUUGCCGCUUCCUGCGGAGCGUAAUGAGCCUCAUCGAUGUGGUGGCCAUCCUGCCCUACUAUAUCGGGCUUUUCGUGCCCAAGAACGAGGACGUCUCGGGUGCCUUUGUCACCCUGCGGGUGUUCCGGGUGUUCCGCAUCUUCAAGUUCUCCAGGCACUCGCAGGGCUUGCGGAUUCUGGGCUACACACUCAAGAGCUGUGCCUCUGAGCUGGGCUUUCUCCUCUUUUCCCUCACCAUGGCCAUCAUCAUCUUCGCCACUGUCAUGUUUUAUGCCGAGAAGGGCACAAACAAGACGAACUUUACUAGCAUCCCCGCGGCCUUCUGGUAUACCAUUGUCACCAUGACCACACUUGGCUACGGAGACAUGGUGCCCAGCACCAUUGCUGGCAAGAUUUUUGGCUCCAUCUGCUCGCUCAGUGGCGUCUUGGUCAUUGCCCUGCCUGUGCCAGUCAUUGUGUCCAACUUUAGCCGCAUCUACCACCAGAACCAGCGUGCUGACAAACGCCGAGCACAACAGAAGGUGCGCUUGGCAAGGAUCCGGUUGGCAAAGAGCGGUACCACCAAUGCCUUCCUGCAGUACAAGCAGAACGGGGGCCUUGAGGACAGUGGCAGUGGGGAGGAACAGGCGCUGUGUGUCAGGAACCGUUCUGCUUUCGAGCAGCAACAUCACCACUUGCUGCACUGUCUGGAGAAGACAACGUGCCAUGAGUUCACAGAUGAGGUAACCUUCAGCGAGGCCCUGGGCGCCGUCUCGUUGGGUGGCCGCACCAGCCGCAGCACCUCUGUGUCCUCCCAGCCAAUGGGGCCCGGCAGCCUGCUAUCCUCUUGCUGCCCCCGCCGGGCCAAGCGCCGUGCCAUCCGCCUUGCCAACUCCACUGCCUCAGUCAGCCGUGGCAGCAUGCAGGAGCUGGACACACUGGCAGGGCUGCGGAGGAGCCCUGCCCCUCAGAGCCGCUCAAGCCUCAAUGCCAAGCCCCACGACAGCCUUGACUUGAACUGUGACAGCCGGGACUUCGUGGCUGCCAUUAUCAGUAUCCCCACCCCUCCUGCCAACACCCCAGAUGAGAGCCAACUUUCCUCCCCCGGCGGUGGUGGCGGUAGGGCCAGCAGCACCCUCAGGAACUCCAGCCUGGGCACUCCUUGCCUCCUCCCUGAGACUGUCAAGAUCUCUUCCCUGUGAGGGGUGGGCCUGCCCAUCCAGAAGGCCCUCUCAAUUCUUAGGGACUCCUUUCCAAAGCCAUAUUUUGGGGAGGUAAGGAGGGGCAGGCCUGGGGACCCCUUCUGCCCCCCACUGAGAACUAUGCAAUGGAGUUUCAUGGAAUGGCCCGCCUGGUAGAGAGAUAGCCAGGGAAUGGGAACUCCCCCAACCCCAGACGGGUUUCCUGGUAGGAGCUGAAGCACUGGGCUUCCUUGGGCCUCCAGCCUCCUUGUGCCAGCACACUGGGACUCGCCCCUCUACCCCAGCUGGCCUCCUGCAUGCCCCUCCCCUUGGGAGCUCUGGCCCGAGAAGGAGAAGUGAGCCUUCCUCUUCUCUCUGGCUGAACUGUGGAGGUUUGGGGGCUCAGGGAAGAGAACCCACUCUUCUGAUCUGGCCUCCAGGAGAAAUCCUCACCCUCCACCAGGCCCAACUACUCCCAGAUUCCGAAGCUUGGAAUGCAACCACAGGCUUCACCGGCUGUGGCCUCAGCAGUGACUGGCCGCCUCUAGGCUUUGGCUCAGGGGUUAGGCUGCCUCUCCCAAGACACACAGAUAGCACAAACACUAACCUUCCUU